AUGCCCCUUGAGGUACAGAUCAACGACAUUAGGCGACGGGUGGCCCGGUAUGUAGAGUACAUGAAAAGUGAGAGAUCUUUGGGGGUGUCAUGUCGUCGUUCGGGUCGAGGUAGUGCUGGCGGGCUUGCACGGGAUUCACACGGACACUGGCUGGGUGGAUUCCUUUUAAAUGUGAGCUUAUGUACUAUUACUGAGGCGGAAUUAUGGGGUCUCUUUCACGGUCUUCGUCUAGCUUGGGCGUUGGGAGCGAAGAAAGUGCUCGUUGAGGUCGAUAACAGUAGUGUAGUAGCGAUGCUCUAUUUGGAGGGUAACCAACGUCAAAUCAGAAGAUAUUCGUACCUCGCCUCUCAAAAAUAUACCGUUGCCCGCCGCCGCCAGGACACUGCCGUCGUUGAAGCCAUGGACGCCCCCAAGAGAAAGAGAGACAGGACAAGCACGGGCAAAACCUCACAACCUCAUCUUCAACAUGAAGAAGACGAUGAUGCCAAAAUUAAGAAGAAACUGAAGAGAGCCGAGGUUGGCUUCAAUGGAGAGAUUGGCCAAGGAAAAAGCGGCUCAGGGAUUAUGAGCUCUGAGACCUUUUCUUCCCUUUCGAUAUCUGGGCCCACCGCGAACGCCAUCAACGACAUGGGUUUUCAGUACAUGACCCAGAUCCAAGCUAGAGCCAUUGCGCCCCUACUCGAAGGCAAAGAUGUUCUUGGAGCUGCAAGGACGGGUUCUGGGAAAACCCUCGCCUUUCUAAUACCAGCCGUUGAGUUGUUGUACAAUGUCCAUUUCGCUCCGAGAAAUGGGACUGGUGUUAUUGUCAUUUGCCCCACAAGGGAGUUGGCCAUGCAGUGCCUCAUGAUUGAUGAAGCUGAUAGAAUUUUGGAAGCCAAUUUUGAGGAGGAAAUGAAGCAAAUCAUUAAAAUUUUGCCCAAGGCGAGACAAACAGCACUUUUCUCCGCCACACAAACAAAAAAGGUUGAGGAUCUUGCACGUUUAUCAUUUGAGACUAGUCCUAUCUACAUAGAUGUGGAUGACGGAAGGAAGAGGGUUACGAAUGAUGGGCUCCAGCAAGGCUAUUGUGUCAUCCCAAGUGCCCAGAGAUUUCUUCUUCUCUAUUCCUUCUUGAAGAGGAACUUGUCAAAGAAAGUGAUGGUUUUCUUUUCCUCUCGCAUGUCAGUAAAGUUUCAUGCGGAGCUUCUUAGAUACAUUCAGAUUGAUUGUCUCGAUAUCUAUGGCAAGCAAAAGCAGCAAAAACGAACCUCGGCCUUUUUCGAUUUCUGCAAAGCUGAGAAGGGCAUCUUAUUAUGCACAAACGUAGCUGCCCGUGGUCUUGAUAUUCCUAAUGUGGACUGGAUCGUGCAAUAUGAUCCUCCCAACAAACCUACGGACUAUAUUCAUAGAGUCGGUCGAACGGCACGUGGGGAGGGUGCGAAAGGGAAUGCUCUGCUUUUCUUGAUUCCAGAAGAGUUACAGUUUCUUCUUCACCUUAAGGCUGCAAAAGUGCCCCUCAAAGAGUAUGAGUUCGAUCAGAAGAAGUUACCCAACGUCCAAUCCUACCUGGAAAGGCUGGUCUCAAACAACUAUUAUCUGAACAAAUCGGCUAAAGAUGCGUACAAAUCUUAUAUUGAGUCAUACAAAGGGCAUUCUACGAAGGACAUUUUUAACAUACACCGGCUUGAUCUACAGGCUGUGGCUGCUUCAUUUUGUCUUCAUAUUCCUCCCAAGGUGAACUUAAACAUUGAUAGUGUUGUGUCCAAGCUCAGGAGGAAAACACAUCAAAGUAAAUUGAGCACACAUGGCUUUAGCACUAGAAAUCCAUAUGGAAGGAAAACUGAAUAUGACAACAAAAUACAUUUUGUUAGGUAUUAA